AUGCUGCAGGCCAUCCAACGAGAAAAGCCUGAGAAGUACAGAAAACUGCAAGAUGCCAGCAGAUCAGCUGAGGCCCUGGUGGAACAGAUGGUGAAUGAGGGUCUGAGUGCUGACAACAUUAGACAAGCCUCAGAACAGCUGAAGAGCCGCUGGAUUGAGUUCUGUCAGUUGCUGAGUGAAAGACUGGCAUGGCUGGAGUACCAAAAUAACAUCAUUGACUUCUACUCCCAGCUGCAGCAACUGGAGCAGACAGCAAUUACUGCAGAGAACUGGCUGAAAGCACAACCCGCACCAGCAGCAGAUCCUGCUACAGUAAAAACUCAGUUGGGAAAAUGCAAGGAUGAAAUCAUCCGAAUGUCAACCCUUCAGCCUCAAAUUGAACGGCUAAAGGCUCAAAGUCACGCACUCAAAGAAAAAGAACAAGGGCCAGUGUUUCUGGAUGCUGACCUUGCUGCUUUUACCAGCCAUUACAAACAAAUACUUGCUGACAUGCAGGCCAGAGAAAAGCAGCUACAGACCAUUUUUGACAGUUUGCCUCCUGCACACUACAAAGAGACAAUGAACACUAUACUUGUGUGGAUCCAGCAGUCAGAAACGAAACUCUCCAUGCCUCAGGUAGCAGUUGCUGAGUAUGAAAUCAUGGAGCAGAGACUCAGGGAGCUCAAGGCUCUACAAAGUUCUCUGCAAGAGCAGCAAAAAGGCCUGAAUUAUCUCAGCACAACUGUGGAAGACAUGUCCAGAAAAGCCCCUGCAGAAGUCAGCCAAAGAUAUAGAUCAGAGAUUGAUGUGAUCCUUGGCCGCUGGAAGAAAUUGUCAGCACAGCUGGUGGAACAUUGCCAGAAACUUGAGGAGCUUAUGACCAAACUCCAGCGAUUCCAGAAUGACACUAAAACACUGAAGAAGUGGAUGGCUGAAGUGGAUGUUUUUCUGAAGGAAGAGUGGCCUGCCCUUGGUGAUUCAGAAGCACUGGAAAAGCAACUUGAGCAGUGUACAGCUUUAGUAAAUGAUAUCCAGACAAUCCAGCCCAGUUUGAACAGUGUUAAUGAGGUUGGGAAGAAAAUGAAGAGUGAAGCAGAGACAGAAUUUGCUUCCAGAAUAGAGACAGAGCUAAAGGAGCUCAAUGUUCAAUGGGACCAUAUUUGCCAACAGGCCUAUGCUAAGAAGGCAGCAUUAAAAGGUGGUUUGGAUAAGACUGUUAGUCUCAGAAAAGAUUUGUCAGAGAUGCAUGAAUGGAUAACACAGGCUGAGGAAGAAUAUCUGGAAAGAGAUUUCGAGUAUAAAACACCUGAUGAAUUGCAAAAAGCUGUUGAGGAACUGAAGAGAGCAAAGGAGGAAGCCAUGCAGAAAGAAGUGAAAGUGAAGCUUAUUACUGAUUCUGUGAAUAAUUUUAUAGCAAAGGCUCCACCUGCAGCUCAUGAGGCUUUGAAAAAGGAGCUGGAUGUUCUAAUUACCAGCUACCAGCGGCUCUGCAACAGACUGAAUGGAAAGUGCAAAACUUUGGAGGAGGUAUGGGCAUGUUGGCGUGAAUUACUGUCUUAUUUAGAUGCAGAAAAUAAAUGGUUGAAUGAGAUCGAAACGAAACUCAAGGCAACUGAAAAUAUUCAAGGAGGUGCAGAAGAGAUUUCUGAGUCUCUAGAUUCUUUGGAACGUUUAAUGAGACAUCCAGAAGAUAAUCGCAAUCAGAUUCGGGAAUUGGCUCAGACUUUAACUGAUGGUGGAAUCUUGGAUGAAUUGAUCAAUGAGAAACUUGAAAAGUUCAAUACUCAAUGGGAAGAACUUCGGCAAGAGGCCGUGAGAAGACAAAAGAGUCUUGAACAGAGUAUUCAGUCUGCCCAGGAGACUGACAAAACCCUCCGCUUAAUCCAGGAGUCUCUUGGUGUUAUUGACAAACAGCUAACAGCAUACAGUGCAGACAGAGUCGAUGCAGCACAGGUCCCUCAGGAGGCACAGAAAAUACAAUCUGAAUUAACAAGCCAUGAGAUUAGUUUGGAAGAAAUGAAGAAACGAAACCGGGGUAAAGAUGGUGCCAAAAGAGUGCUUUCCCAAAUUGAUGUGGCACAGAAAAAGCUGCAGGAUGUCUCUGUGAAGUUUCGCUUGUUUCAGAAGCCAGCUAACUUUGAACAGCGCUUACAAGAAUGUAAAAGAAUUUUAGAUGAAGUGAAGCUGCAGGUGCCCAAGUUGGAGAUGAGGAGUGUUGAGCAGGAAGUAGUACAAUCACAGCUGGAUCAUUGCAUGAAAUUAUAUAAAAGCCUGAGUGAGGUGAAGUCUGAAGUUGAAACAGUGAUAAAAACUGGGAGACAGAUUGUUCAGAAGCAGCAGACAGAGAACCCGAAAGAACUGGAUGAAAGGCUUACAGCUUUGAAGUUGCAAUAUAAUGAACUGGGUGCAAAGGUGACAGAAAAAAAGCAAGAGUUAGAGAAAUGCUUGAAAUUGUCCCGGAAGCUACGAAAAGAAAUUAAUGCUAUGUCAGAAUGGCUUGCAGCAACAGAUGCAGAAUUGACAAAGAGAUCAGCUGUGCAGGGGAUGCCUAGCAAUUUGGAUGCUGAAAUUGCCUGGGGCAAGGCAACACGGAAGGAGAUUGAGAAACACCAGGUCAAUCUUAAGAGCAUCAGUGAUUUAGGAGAAAAUUUGAAGACAGUGCUGAAAGGAAAGGAAAGUCUAGUGGAGGAUAAACUCAGCCUCUUGAACAGUAAUUGGAUAGCAGUAACUUCACGUGCUGAGGAAUGGUUCAAUCUGUUACUGGAAUAUCAAAAGCACAUGGAGGCUUUUGAUCAGAAUGUAGCUAAUGUCACAACUUGGAUGUAUCGUGCUGAAAUACUGUUGGAUGAAUCUGAUAAACAAAAACCCCAGCAAAAAGAGGAAAUUCUUAAGCGCUUAAAGGCUGAGCUGAAUGAUAUGCAUCCAAAGGUGGACUCUGUGCGUGACCGGGCAGUAGACUUGAUGACAAACCGUGGAGAUCACUGCAGGAAAAUAAUAGAGCCUAAACUGACAGAGCUCAACCAGCGAUUUGCAACUAUAUCACAAAGAAUUAAGAGUGGAAAGCUGUUCAUUCCUUUAAAGGAAUUGGAGCAAUUUGACUUCGAUAUACAAAAAUUGCUUGAACCACUGGAGGUUGAAAUUCAGCAGGGGGUGAAUCUGAAAGAGGAGGACUUCAAUAAAGAUAUGAGUGAAGAUGACGAGACCACGGUGAAAGAAUUGCUGCAAAGGGGUGACACGCUUCAAAAGAGAAUCACAGAUGAGAGAAAACGGGAGGAAAUAAAAAUAAAACAGCAGCUGUUGCAGACUAAACAUAAUGCUCUCAAGGACUUGAGAUCUCAAAGAAGAAAAAAGGCUUUAGAAAUUUCUCAUCAAUGGUAUCAGUACAAGAGGCAGGCUGAUGACCUAAUGACAUGGCUGGAUGACAUUGAGAAAAAGUUAGCCAGUCUACCAGACCACAAAGAUGAGCAGAAGCUAAAGGAGAUUGAUGGAGAAUUGGAGAAGAAGAAGGAAGAUCUGAAUGCGGUGCACAGGCAGGCUGAACGCUUGUCUAAGGAUGGGGCUGCAAAAGCAGUGGAGCCAACUCUGAUACAGCUCAGCAAGCGCUGGCGAGAUAUUGAGAGCAAAUUUGCUCAGUUUCGAAGACUCAACUAUGCACAAAUUCAAACAGUUCAUGAAGAUACAACUUUUGUGGUGACUGAAACUAUGACUGUGGAAACUACUCAUGUGCCUUCUACAUACCUGGCAGAGAUCCUUCACCUUCUGCAAGCCUUGUCUGAAGUAGAAGAACGCCUUAAUUCUCCUGUUCUGCAAGCUAAGGAUUGUGAGGAUCUCUUCAAACAAGAAGAGUGUCUCAAGAGCAUUAAAGAUAGUCUGGGGAGACUGCUGGGUCAUAUAGACAUUAUUCACAACAAGAAGAUUCUGGCUUUGCAAAAUGCAACACCAAGGGAAGCAGCAAAUAUACAAGAAAAGCUGACUCAACUUAAUUUUCAGUGGGAGAAAGUUAACAAGACGUACAAGGAUCGACAGGCGUAA